CCAGAUUACGUUGAAAUGGCCCAGAAGGAUGUGAGCCCUAACAUGAGGGCAAUUUUGGUGGAUUGGUUGGUGAAGGUUGCGGAGGAAUACGAGCUUCACUAUGAUACUUUGCAUCUAUCUAUCUCUUACAUUGAUAGAUUUUUGUCAAUGAAUGAUCUCAACAGGAACAAACUCCAGUUGCUCGGUUUUUCUUCAAUGCUGAUCGCAUCUAUGAGAAGAUCAAUCAACCAUCCACCUGUGGAUGAAUUUUGUUACCUAACCGACAACGCAUACACAAAGAAAGAGGUGGUAAAAAUGGAGGCGGACAUAUUCAAACAUCUCAAGUUUGAAGUGGGCGGUCCCACAAUUAUGAUUUUUUUAGGGUAUUACUUCACUGUUGUUGCUCUAGAAGAUUACCAAAUUCCCAAUUUGAAGUUGGAGUUCUUGGGUUAUUACCUCGCAGAGUUAAGCUUGUUGGAGAAUGACUGUGUGAUACUCUUGCCUUCUUUGGUGGCUGUGGAUACGCUCCUGGAUACUAUAGUUACAACACCUCCUUGCUACUCCUCUGCCUUCGCUAUCUGCCUUCGCUAUUGUGGAUACGCUGCUGGAUACUAUAGUUACAACGCCUCCUUGCUACUCCUCUGCCUUCGCUAUCUUCCUUCGCUAUUGUUGAUUGGGCCACCCCCUUCUGCAAAUCGUCAAAUUAGUGGUAUUCCAGAAGUUGCAAUGCCUAUGAAUCAGGCAACUUUUGAGAGGGCUGAAACAGGCGCAGCGGCAGCUGCACCUGUCUCUAGAGCACCUUAUUCAUCUCCCUUGAAUUUGUUUCCUCAGGAAACAAUUUCACAUUCUGGUGUUAGUGGAGUUGGCUCCCUAGAUUUUCUAAGAAACAACCAACAGUUCCAAGCAUUACCUUCUAUGGUGCACACAAAUGCACAGAUUUUACAGAGGACUGUUCCUGCAAACCCUAACAAGAACAGAGUCUUUGAUCAUCGAACCAUUUUCUGGUAA